AUGCAAGAACCAAAUGCUAAAACCAAUGAAAAAACCACUUGUGAACUGGAUAUUUGUUCUCUACACUUAGAUUCUAAAGAUAAGAAAGAAUUCAGUGAAAAAAAAGAACAAAAAGAACAGAUAGUUACACCUUGGAAAGCAGAAGGAGCACUUGUAGAUGGGAAAUAUGAAGCAAUUGAUUAUGAUCGGCUUAUUGAAAAAUUUGGAACAAAAUAUCUUGAUGAUGCACUUUUAGAGCGAUUUGAAAAGUUAACAAACAAAAAAGCACAUGUAUUUCUUCGAAGAAAAAUAGUUUUUUCUCAUCGUGACUUUUCUAAUAUUCUUGAUCAAUACGAACAAAAAAAGCCUUUUUAUAUUUAUACAGGGAGAGGGCCUAGCAGUUCAAGCAUGCAUUUGGGACAUAUGGUUCCAUUUUUAUUUUGCAAAUGGCUUCAGGAUGUAUUUUCUGCUUUUGUCGUGAUUCAACUUACAGUUGCAGACGAUGAAAAGUAUCUAUUUAAGCAGGAAUUAAAGUUAGAAGAUACUUAUCAAUAUGCCAAAGAAAAUGCAAGAGAUAUUAUUGCGUGUGGCUUUGAUCCGGAAAAAACAUUAAUAUUUGCGAAUACGGAUUUCGUUUCUGGGGCCUUUUAUCGGAAUGUUGUUCGUAUUUCUAAAUAUAUAACGUACAAUAAAUGUAAAGCAACUUUUGGAUUUAGAGAAGAUGAUUCCAUUGGGAAAUAUCAUUUUGUUUCUAUUCAAGCAGCACCCUGUUUUUCAAACUCUUUCCCUCAAAUUUUUAAUAGUGCAACAAAUAUUCCAUGUUUGAUUCCUAUGGCCAUUGAUCAAGAUCCUUAUUUCCGUCUUGCAAGAGAUGCAGCAGAUAGGCUUGGAUACCUAAAGCCGUCUUUAAUACAUACUAAAUUUUUUCCUUCUCUUCAAGGGCAUGGAACAAAAAUGAGUGCUUCUCUUAUGCAUACUGCCAUUUAUAUGGCUGACACACCAUCCCAAAUUAAAAAUAAGAUUAAAAAAUACGCCUUUUCAGGCGGAGGGGCAACUCUUGAAGAACACAUGGAAAAAGGAGGAAAUCCAGAUAUAGAUGUUUCAUUUAAUUAUCUUAUGUAUUUUUUAGAAGAUGAUAAUCAACUCGAACAAAUUAGACGUGAUUAUUCUUCGGGAAAAAUGUUAACAAGUGAAUUAAAGGAGAUUACAAUUAAAGUUUUACAAGAAUUUGUUUCAGAAUUUCAAAAACGACUUAAAUUAGUUACAGAUGAAACAGUUUCAUAUUUUAUGAACUCAACUAGGGAAUUAAAAUUCAACUAA